UGUGUGUGUGUGUGUAUAGUAGAAAAAGGCGGCAUUUGAAGUUUAUUCAGGGGUAAAGGGGUUAGCUUCGUUAGCUUCUCAAAGUAUUUUUGUCCUUCAAACUUCGCCACGGCGACAUUAGGCGUCGCGGUGGGACAGAAGGGACCAGGGGCAAAAAAAGUCGUUUUGGCGAAUUCAAUUCACAUUUAUCACAGACGUCAGCUCAGCGCGCUAAGCUAGCAUUAACAUUAGCCACCGUUAUCUUUAGCCGCCUAGCUGAGCAAACUCGAUAAAAUGUCGGCCGGCAAGAGAAUGAGGAAGAAAAGGCUCUCCGAAGAAGAUGUUGGUAAACUAUUUGACUUUUCUCCAAUUGCCAAGAAUAAAGCGCUCCACUGUGGCUCAGAAGAUGAUCUCGGACAAGCGGAAGACAAAACUCCAAGUGAGGAAAAAGCUCCGUUGAGAAAAAGAGCUGCCGCCGACUUUAAACAUGAAGAAACUGCAUUUGCUGUUGGGGGUGAAGUUCACAACAUGUUGGAGCGCUUUGGAGCUGACAUCAACAAAGUGAUGCUCACCAAGCGCAAGCGUCUGGAAAGUCUGACCAAGACUUACAUGAACGGAGGGCAGCAGAAAAUGGAGCAACUUUGGAACAACUACCACAAGCAGAGGCAGAAGAUGACGCAGGACUGUUCUCAGCAGUUGUCGUCGGUUCUGCAGCAGUGGCGGCUGGAAGCUCAGCAAAUGGAGGAGCAGGAGGAGAAGCUCAAUAAUCUGAUGCGCCAGCAGCAGAAGGUGGUCCAGCAGACCAAAGUUCUUCAGAACCAGAAACUGGAAUCCAUCCAAGAGCUGUUCAAGCACUUCGUCAAGAACAUGGAGGAGAUGGAGAAGAGCCAAGAGGGUGUCCUGCAUCAGGCCCAGCAGGAGCUGCGGAAGGAGAUGGCCACCAUGCAGAAGAAGAUCCUCACGGAAACCCAACACCAGGAAUUGGCGUCCGUGCGCAAGUCCCUGCAGACCAUGUUCUUCUAGGCUCCUCACUUCACCCCAUCUUCAUCCUCAUCUUCUCCUCUCUUGCACAUGUUACCGUGGACACGCAAUUGUUCUGCGUCGUCGUCUUUUCUUCUCGGCCACGCGUGUUCAGUGUGUCGCUCGUCUCCGGUUCACAGCCGACAAGAUUAGCACUUAGGUGUAAUUCUUUGUUGGCCUCCAGGCGGCGCUGUUUGCGCUGACUGUUUGGGAAAACAACUGCAAGUUUUAGUUCUGUAUUUUGGAAUAAAAACAAUAAAACCUCCUUUAUUGUCAUCUUUA